AUGAAAGGAAUUUUUAAAGCCUUUUACGAAAAAACAAAAUGCGUAGCCCAAAGCAUUAAUAAUAACGAAAAGGAAACGAUUUUAACGCAAGCUUUUACGAUUAUGCGUUGCAACCAGCAAUUAAAUUUUGCCGGAAUUAAAAUUGCAUUAAUACGCUACGUAUUAAAAGCAUUACAAAAAACGGUUAAAUUGCGAAUUGUUAUGUUACAAUCCGUAUUUUUUUAUUACAAAGCGCAAUACAAGCUUCGAAAUAAUAAGGAUGCAAAUAAACGAUACGCUAAAUUUUGGAAAUUAAGGAUUUAUGGAUUUCGAAAAAAAAACGCUUUAAAAAGCGGGAUUUAA